AUGUCAGCGUUGAGUCAAAAUAGAUCAAGUGCCAGUAUGGCAAUACCAAUGCUUUGUAAAUUCAUUUCAACCCUAGUCAUUCUAUUAUUCGCUUGCCACUACGCCUCGAGUGCAACAACGACGGUGACUACCAGUACGCAGAAAACCCUCCCAUCGGUUGCAUCAGCCCGUGCCGCCGCCACACGUGCUCCAAUUUCUGAUGAGAUGCUGGAUCACGCGCUUAAUGAUAAAAGAUAUUUAAUGAGACAAUUAAAAUGUGCUCUUGGCGAGGCACCUUGUGAUCCAGUUGGCCGCAGGUUGAAAAGUUUAGCUCCAUUAGUAUUAAGAGGUGCUUGCCCACAGUGCACAGCCCAAGAAACCAAACAAAUUCGUAAAACAUUAUCGCACAUUCAAAGAAAUUUCCCAGCAGAAUGGAACAAGCUUAUUCAAACAUACCAAGGUUGA